AAUCAUUGGUCACCGCUUUACACUGCAUGAUUUUCUCUCUUAUUCUUUAGAAAUAAUGUACAUGCCAACAGAGGCCCAAGUUUCUGUGCUGUGGCCCCCGCUCGAUAUCCCAGAGUCUGGAACAAAGCCCUUCACAGACUACAGCCACUGGAGGUUGCUCGUAAAUGACGGAGGAAGGCACACUUGGCACUACCUCCAAACAGACGAGGAGUGCGAGAAGUGGCCUCAGAAUGAUGUAGACAAGUACUGGAUCGGGAUCCCACUGAACUUGCCCAACCUUCCUAAGCCGAAGGAUGCACUGGAUGCUGCCCGCAACGGGUAUACAUUCUACAAGCACCUUCAGUCUCAUGAUGGACAUUGGGCGGGUGAGUACGGUGGCCCCAUGUUCCUUCUACCUGGUCUCAUCAUUGGGUCAUAUGUGACCGGUAUGAGCUUCAAGGAGGAGGAGCGUCUGGAGAUGAUUCGCUACCUUUUGAAUCAUGUUAACCCAGAAGACGGCGGUUGGGGAAUACACAUUGAAGGGCAUUCAACUGUUUUUGGGACAGCGUUGAACUACGCUGCUCUUCGGAUUCUUGGUGUGCAGGCUGACCACCCGGCUACUGUAAAGGCUCGUGACACAUUGCACAAACUUGGAGGAGCCACAGGUGCUCCUGCUUGGGGCAAGUUCUGGCUCGCAAUUUUGAACGUGUAUGAUUGGGCCGGUUUGAACCCUGUCCCUGCGGAGCUUUGGCUCCUUCCUGACUGGCUGCCUUUCCAUCCUCAUCGCUGGUGGAUACAUACCCGGACUGUUUAUGUGCCGAUGAGCUAUCUCUACGGUAUCCGAUUUAAAAUGGAGGAAAAUGACUUGAUACGAGCACUCCGAGAGGAACUAUACCCAACUAACUAUUACCAGAUCCACUGGCCCUCACAACGUAAUAACGUGUGCACAGCAGACCUAUAUUCGCCUCAUACCAAUAUUCUGGAUGUUAUGAACUCUCUUCUUUCAAUAUACGAGGGCUGCGCAAUUCCUCCCCUCCGCCGGGCAGCUCUCAAACGCGCGUACCACCUCGUCAUCCUCGAAGACGAGAACACCGAGUACCAGACCCUCGGGCCCGUCUCCAAAAUGAUGAACCUCAUCUGCCGUGCUCAUGUGGAAGGCCCCGACAGUGAAGCGUACAAGCAGCACGCAAUCAAACGCGCCGAUUUUAUGUGGCUUGGCCAGGAAGGCAUGAUGAUGUGUGGGACGAAUGGGAGCCAGCUGUGGGAUAUCGGCUUCAUCACGCAGGCACUCGUUGAGACCGGCCUCGCGAAGGAGGAGGUGAAUAAGGAGAGUUUGUCGAGAGCGCUUGGGUGGUUGGAUGUUUGUCAGAUCAGGGAGAACCCGAAGCAUUAUGAGACGUCAUACCGUCACACCACGAAGGGUGCUUGGCCAUUUAGCACCAAAGAACAGGGGUAUACGGUGAGUGAUUGUACCGGCGAGGGGCUGAAGGCGGUCCUAUAUCUGCAAAACCAAGUCGAAGGUUCGGAGAAGAUCAUCUCAGACGACCGAUUGUUUGAUGCUGUGGACGUCAUGCUGACUAUGCAGAAUCCGAAUGGCGGUUUUGCCAGUUACGAGUUGGUCAGGGGUCCCAAGUGGCUCGAAUGGCUGAACCCUGCAGAAGUUUUCGGUGAUAUCAUGAUCGAGUUCUGUUAUCCAGAGUGCACAACCUCGGUCAUUACGUCGUUGUCCAUCUUCAGGAAGCAUUACCCUAACUACCGGUCUGCUGACAUUGAAAAAACUAUCAAGGGUGCCAUCAAGUUCUUACACAAUGCUCAAAAAGCCGAAGGCGGCUGGGUCGGCUCGUGGGGAAUCUGCUUCACAUACGCAACGCAGUUUGCUCUUGAGAGUCUUUCAUUGGUAGGAGAGAAUUACUCAAACAGCUCUCACGUACGACGGGCAUGUGAAUUCCUUCUCUCGUGGCAAAGAGUAGAUGGUGGUUGGGGCGAAAGUUAUAAAUCAUGCGAAAAGGUCGCCUGGAUACAGCACGAAAACUCCCAGGUCGUGCAGACCUGUUGGGCAGCCAUGGCGCUCAUGUACGCGAAAUAUCCCGAUCCCGAGCCUAUUCGAAAGGCUGUCCGGUUGGUCAUGGAUAGGCAGUUACCUGAUGGAUCAUGGCCGCAGGAGGCGAUCGAGGGAGUAUUCAACAAGAAUUGCGCCAUUUCAUACCCGAACUUCAAGUUUUCGUUCCCCAUUUGGAUGCUUGGACGUGCGCAUCACUACUUGAAGGAGCAAGGCGAGCAGGCCACUAAAUUUCUGUGAUGUGGCGCUCGCUACUCGAUCUGGGACCCCAGCAGGGAGUCCACUCCUUUCCGCUCGCUCUCCCUGUUCCGCUCUCCCUGUUCCGCUCUCGUGAGAUGGACUCUCCACUCGCAUGCUUAUACCCGCACCUUGUUUAUCUAGUAUCUAGUUUUGAAUGAUAUUUUUGCUUUUGGACACGCGCUAGUACUAUUCUUUGUAAGGAGGUCACGCCGCG